AUGUCGGAUCAAGAUUUCGAGGAAUGGGGUGGUUUUUCGGAGGACGGCCUGUCAGAUGACGAAGAUGCCAUCCCAAUAUACCCAGAGGGAGGAGCCCUUUGCAAUGACGGCUCGACAGUAAAAGCAGAUACUAUUCAACAGCUUCAGGACGCAAUCAACGCCCACGGCAAGGCCAACGGAUAUGCAGUAAAUCGCCAGAACGCCUCCAACCGUAUAGCAGGCCAACCGACUUACUACACCAUCGUCUGUGACCGCUUCGGUUUGCCUAGACCUACCGAGGGAGUCCGGCUACGCAAGUCCAGCACUCGCAAGUCUGGCUGCAAGUUCAAGGCAUCGGCAAAGCUCACAGAUGAAGGAUGGGUGUUCAGGCAUCAUAAGGAUCCUCGUUACCACGUCCACAACCACCCGAAGUCCCUCGAUCCCUCGGCUCACCCACAACACCGGAAGAUAAAGUCCCCGGUCAAGAACCUUGUGAAGAAGAUGUCCAGCUAUAGCGCCAUCAAAGCACGCGAGAUUAGCAAGAUGGUAGAGGAGGAGGAAACCAAUUCGCACUUCACCAUCAAGGAUAUCAACAACGCCAGACAGGCAUUCCGUCGACAGGAAAAGGAUGGUUGUUCAGCCUCCGGGGCUGUGAUCAAGGCUUUUGACCAGGAAGGAGUCCUAUAUGUCCCGAAAUGGGAUACCCGAGAUCCCAACCGCCUUUUGGGCAUCGCUUUUACCUUCCCAGAGUGUCAGGAGAUGUGGAAGCGCUUCCCAGACUGCCUCAGUUUUGACAAUACUCACAGUACCAACGCACUUGGAUUUCCCCUGUUUGUUAUUACCACUCAGACGAAUAUCAACUCUACUGCAAACGUUGCCUUCGGCUUGAUCAAUAACGAACGCCGUGAGGGCUUUGAUUUCCUUGCUCAGGGAGUCAAGGAACUCCAGGUCCAACUUGAAGCCCGAUCUCCAGCCGUAACGAUCACUGAUAAAGACGAAAGGAUGAGGGACGCCCUGAAGGAGACGUUUCCGGAUGCCCAACAACAGCUGUGCCGUUUCCAUAUCAACAAGAACUUUACAACAGAAGAACCCUCUGAAGAUCGUCCUGGAUCCCGGACCAAGAUCACCCACGAUGCUGAGGGCGUUCUUACCAUCUGGAAGAUCCUGGUACGCGCCAAGACUAAGGAGGAAUUUGUGAGGAUCUGGACAUGGCUUAUUGCGGAGUUCUCCGACCAGGAGGAGAUCCUGCAGUAUCUCCAGGCUGAAUGGCUCCCUCUGAGAGAACAAUGGGCGGAAUACUGUACUCGGAGGCACCUGAACUUCUCCCAAUCGGUCACGUCUCAGACCGAGUCCUCUAACUUCAACAUCAAGAGUUAUCUGGUAACCGGCAAAAGCGAUUUCUUACGCUUGACAAAGGCUCUCAAAGAAAUGUGCCAGAAUCAGCACCGCAACUACAAUCAAGAGGUGGCAAAGCAGAUGACGAGGAUUAAGAUGGACUACUUACACCAAGAUUACCUAGGUGAUCUCCCUCAAGCCGUCUCUCUCAAAGCUCUAGAGCAUAUUACUCGCGAGAAACGGCACGCGCAGAAGGCAUUGAACAUGCCCGCGAUACAGGAUCCGAAGAAGUCCCAGUCUGCGAUGAUUCCUCUGAACGGCGACGUGGGCGUCCCAAAAAUGAGCCCAUACCAGUCACCAGAGAACUCUGCCUCCCCGGCCAAGUCAGCCUUCGACCUCCAGCCUCACAGAGAGGUAACCGACAGUCCCAACGAGGUUGGAGAGGCAGUCGGCGCGCCCGCAACCCAAGAGCGGCUCGAGGCCACGCAUCAGCUGGAAGACUCAAUCCGAGUGCCUGAAAUCGAAUCGGAGCCGGAACCAGAGAUUAUAGUCAAUACUUGGCGUGGAAAGGACCCAGAACGCCGACCUGAGAACGCCCCAAGGAUCUCCGGGCCGGCUAGAAGUCAGGGUGCCGUCCCCAAUCAGACUCUGCGGACUACUCGGAGUGGGCGUACAGUGAUGCCAGUCGCGCGUAUUCAGGAGUCUCAGGAGCAGCCUGCAAGGGCUAGGAAACGCCCACGCCGCUGCUGA